AUGUACCGCUCCACCAAGGGCGCCUCCAAGGCGCGCCGCGACCAGAUCAACGCUGAGAUCCGGAACCUCAAGGAGCUCCUGCCUCUAGCUGAAGCGGACAAGGUCCGGCUCUCCUACCUGCACAUUAUGAGUCUUGCUUGCAUCUACACUCGCAAGGGCGUCUUCUUCGCUGGAGGCACUCCUCUGGCGGGCCCCACAGGGCUUCUCUCAUCUCAAGAGCUUGAAGACAUAGUGGCGGCACUACCUGGAUUUCUACUUGUGUUCACAGCUGAGGGGAAGCUGCUAUAUCUGUCUGAGAGUGUGAGCGAACAUCUGGGCCACUCCAUGGUGGACCUCGUUGCCCAGGGUGACAGUAUCUACGACAUCAUUGACCCAGCUGACCACCUAACUGUGCGCCAGCAACUCACCCUGCCCUCUGCCCUGGACACCGAUCGCCUCUUCCGCUGCCGCUUCAACACUUCCAAGUCCCUCAGGCGCCAGAGUGCAGGCAACAAACUGGUGCUUAUUCGAGGCCGAUUCCAUGCUCAUCCACCUGGAGCCUACUGGGCAGGAAACCCUGUUUUCACGGCUUUCUGUGCUCCACUGGAGCCAAGACCUCGCCCUGGCCCUGGCCCUGGCCCUGCCUCACUCUUCCUGGCCAUGUUCCAGAGCCGUCAUGCUAAGGACCUGGCCCUACUGGACAUCUCUGAGAGUGUCCUAAUCUACCUGGGCUUUGAGCGCAGUGAACUGCUCUGUAAAUCAUGGUAUGGACUGCUGCACCCCGAGGACCUGGCCCACGCUUCUGCUCAACACUACCGCCUGUUGGCUGAGAGUGGAGAUAUUCAGGCAGAGAUGGUGGUGAGACUGCAGGCCAAGCCUGGAGGCUGGGCAUGGAUUUAUUGCCUGUUAUACUCAGAAGGUCCAGAGGGCCCCAUUACUGCUAAUAACUACCCAAUCAGUGACACAGAAGCCUGGAGCCUCCGCCAGCAGCUGAACUCUGAAAACACCCAGGCAGCCUAUGUUCUGGGCACCCCAGCCAUGCUGCCCUCAUUCCCAGAGAACAUCCUCUCUCAAGAGCAGUGUUCCAGCCCCAACCCACUCUUCCCCCCAGCCUUGGGAGCUCCCAGAAGCACCAAUUUCCCUAGUGCUCCAGACCUGGGUGCUGCCUCAACAUCAGAAGAGCUUCCUCAAUCCCAAAAAGAGUUGGGCUUUAGUUACCUGGCAUUCCCGUCUGGCUCUGAGCCUUCUCUUCAAGCAGACCUGAGCAAGGAUCUUGUGUGCACUCCACCCUACACACCCCACCAGCCAGGAGGCUGUGCCUUCCUCUUCAGCCUCCACGAGCCCUUCCAGACCCACUUGUCCACUCCAUCCAGCUCUCUCCAAGAACAGCUGACUCCAAGCACUGCCACCUUUUCUGAUCAACUGACUCCAAGCAGUGCAACCUUCCCAGAUCCACUGAUGAGCCCACUUCAAGGCCAGAUGACCGAAAGCUCAGCCAGAAGCUAUGAAGAUCAAUUGACUCCCUGCACCUCUGCCUUCCCAGACCAGCUGCUUCCCAGCACUGCCACCUUCCCAGAGCCUCUGGGCAGUCCUGCCCAUGAACAACUGACUCCUCCCAGCACAGCAUUCCAAGCACACCUCAACAGCCCCAGCCAAACCUUCCCAGAACAACUGAGCCCCAAUCCCACCAAGACUUACUUCACCCAGGAGGGAUGCAGUUUUCUCUAUGAGAAGUUGCCCCCAAGUCCUAGCAGCCCUGGUAAUGGGGACUGCACGCUCCUGGCCCUAGCCCAGCUGCGGGGCCCCCUCUCUGUGGAUGUCCCUCUGGUACCCGAAGGCCUGCUUACACCUGAGGCCUCUCCAGUCAAGCAGAGUUUCUUCCACUACUCUGAGAAGGAGCAGAAUGAGAUAGACCGCCUCAUCCAGCAGAUCAGCCAGUUGGCUCAGGGCAUGGACAGGCCCUUCUCAGCUGAGGCUGGCACGGGCGGGCUAGAGCCACUUGGAGGUCUGGAGCCCCUAGACUCCAACCUGUCCCUGCCGGGGGCUGGUCCCCCUGUGCUCAGCCUGGACCUGAAACCCUGGAAAUGCCAGGAGCUGGAUUUCCUGGCUGACCCUGAUAACAUAUUCCUGGAAGAGACGCCCGUGGAAGACAUAUUCAUGGAUCUCUCUACCCCAGACCCCAAUGGGGAAUGGAGUUCAGGGGAUCCUGAGGCAGCGGUCCCAGGAGGGGCCUCAUCGCCUUGCAACAACCUGUCCCCAGAAGACCACAGCUUCCUGGAGGACCUGGCCACAUAUGAAACCGCCUUUGAGACAGGUGUCUCAGCAUUCCCCUACGAUGGGUUUACUGAUGAGUUGCAUCAACUCCAGAGCCAAGUUCAAGACAGCUUCCAUGAAGAUGGAAGUGGAGGGGAACCAACGUUUUGA